AUGCCCACAGCACCGGAUGAACCUGCUAGGCGCAAGCGACCGGGUAGAAAGUAUACGUCCCGAGCUUGUGAGGCAUGCCGACAACGACGAGCUAAGUGUGAUGGUGUUCGACCAUCUUGCUCUCGCUGCCUUGACCGUGGCGUUCAAUGCGAGUACUCCACAGCAGAGGACGGGCGGCAACCAGCACCUAAGUCCUAUGUAGUCAUGCUGCGCAAUCGCAUUGAACUGUUGGAGCGUGUAUUGCACACGCAUGGUAUUGACCCUGAUGCUGCCAUUCAAUUGAUGAUAAAAAAUGGAGAGCCUAACCCUGAGUGGGCUCCGGCUUCCUCGAAUGUUGAUGACUUGUGUACUACGUUUGACGGCGCAUUGACGCUUGACGAGUCAUUAAAUUUCGAUCAGGAUGGCGAGGUGCGGUAUUUUGGACCGACAAAUUCGCCCAGCGAAGAGGCAUAUCAGUCCGAUGGCCCUCCCAUGCAGACUGGUGAAACACCGCCGAAUGGGAGUACAGAGUCAUUAGAAGAAAGCUUGAUACCAGAAGACGAGCUUCAGUCGCACUUGCUCGACCUGUAUUUUGAGUGGGAACAGCCAUGGCUUCAGGUGGUAAACGAAAAACUGUUUCGAGAAUCUAUGAGAUGUGGUGGGCGAUACUUCAGCCCCCUUCUUUUAAAUUGCAUCCUCGCUGUAGGUUCACGUUACUGCGAUCGCAUAGAAGUGAGAUCAGACCCCAAUGAUUCAAACACAGCCGGCAAAAUAUUUCUUGACAGGGCAGAAAGAUUGAUUCAACACGAUCUCAGAUGGCCCAAGAUCACAACAAUCCAGUCUUUGGCAAUCAUGGGCAUGGCUUAUAUUGCAAUGGGGUCUGAUGCUGCUGGCUGGCUUCACCAAGGUAUGGCCAAUCGCCUGGCCUUAGACAUGGGUUUCAACAUGGAUCCUUCGGUCCUUUCCGGAGCAGUUGCUCUUCCACCCAUCGAGAUUGAGCUGCGAAGGCAGAUUUAUUGGGCUCUAUAUUGUCACGACAAAUUGUCAGCGAGCUACACAGGCAGGGUGUGCACGUUACUGGACUCCCAGGGUGUCGUCAACAAACCAUUCCCUUUAUGUGCUUCGGAUGUCUAUUUGCCCUCAGCAAAUGGCAAUGGACAAUUAAGGGCCGCUUCUCAAAGAGACGUGGUACAGUUGCAUAGGGCAAUGAUUGACCUGUGUCGUAUAUUCGAGAAAGUCCUUCUUACAUUCUGGUCCCCAAAGCCACUCCUCCAACCCCAACAACGUUGCGCAUUUUUUGAAUCCUGUGUGCUUGAACUUAAGACCUGGUACUACGAUCUACCUCCAGAGCUCAAAGUCGACCGUCAAUCUGGUCCCUCCAGAUUUCCUCACACCUACACUUUGUGCAUGGUAUACCAUACUGUGUGCAUUUUACUUUGCGUGCCCUUUCUGAGCAACAACUCUGCCACUCAAGAUGUUGGCAAUCCCCCAGACCCACAGACACAACAGAACAGCAGUCACAAAGAAUUGGGGCCUGCCUGUAAACAGAAAGUCAUGACCAUAUGUAGCAACUCCGCCCGAGGAAUGUGCAUCGUCGCCCAGAAAUAUAGACAGACAUUUGGCAGCUUUAAGCUGAGCCCCAUGACAGCCACACACUGCAUCCUAUCAGCGGCAUCGAUCAUCAUUGAUAAAUGGUGCGUUGAUCCCACUGUGAAAACUGGGACAGGUAACCAGAGUUUGCGAGGUCCAUCACCACAGGCGGCUGUGGGACUCUGCCUUCAGGUCCUGCGGGAACUCUCGACGUCCUGGAAUAUCGCGAAGCGUAUCGGACGCAAUCUGGAGAAAUUAUAUUGCAAACGACUGAACUGUGAUAUUGAUCACAUGCCUCCCGCUCCUUCAUUGGAAUGCAAUAGCCUUUGCACAAUUCCAUAUCAACCAGAAGACGGGGAUCUCUAUCCAGGGCCGAUGGCCCCGACUGAGUCCUUCCAAGGUCUGCCCGACCCGAAAGACCUGCAUGUUGAAAACACCAUUUUGCCCACAGCACUUCCAGAUAUCAAUUGGUUUGAUGUUCCAACUGCGAGCGAUACUCAACAUGAUAACAACGACGUAAUCGGACUUGGGGCAGCUUCUAACCCCGAUGAGCUGUUCAUCAAUAAUCUCGGCUUUGCAUUCUCGGCCAAUUCUCUACCCAGCGACUACAACAUGUUUGAUACCUUGAAUCAAAUGUAUUUAGAAGAUAUAUGGUGA